ACCAGAAUGAUGUCCUCGACCUUCGCCCCGAGCCUCACCCGCCGCGAUACCAAAUCUAGCAUCCAUGAAGGCAGCAGCGGCAUUGGGCUGGGUCACAGCGGCAGCAGCGCGGGGACGAUGCCGCCGCCCCUGACCAGCAGCAACGGGUCGUACGGCCCGCAGAGCGCGGCGGCGGUCUACCAACACAUCCACGACAUGGCGGCGAAGCGGAUCUCGACGCUGGGGUACCUGCGCAAGGCGCACGAGGGGCGGAUCUACUGGUUCAACACGGUACACUUCUCACGGGCGGACAUCAGCCGGCUGGCGUACUUUGAAAGCCGCAAGCUGUCGCGGCGGGCCAUCAACUUCCUGCUGCUAGGCUUGUCCCUACCGCCGAUCCUGGACGUGGCCACCACCCCGGUCGAGUUCCUGCGCGCCCUCAACGCCCUCCUCGUCGAGUUCGAGGCCUUCCAGCAGGUGCAUCCGCCCGACGGGCCCCCCUCCUCCACCGCCUCCGCCCUCGCCCGCGCCCGCAUCCCCCAGAUGUUCAAGCGCGCCGCCCACGCCUCCGGCGCCUACUCCUCCAAGGCCCGCCGCGCCAGCUCCGCCACCGAGAUCGGCCUUCCCAUGCAGUCCAGCGAUCCCUCCGACUUGAAAGCCAUGGCCUCCGCCGCCGCCAGCGUCUCCUCGUCCUCCGCUUCCUCCGCCUCCGCCGCCCACGCCUCCGCCUCCUCUGCCGCCGCUUCCAUGGGCGCCUUCCCCCACACCGAGGCCUCCGAGCUCCUGCCCGGUGAGGAGUACACCUACCUCCUCACCCCACUGCUGCCCUUCGAACCCGAUUACUUCGAGACCUUCGUCACCCUGUGCGACGUGCUCAUCGACUGCUACACCCGCCUGAUCUCGCUGGUCUACACUCCCAGUAUCUGUACCGUGGCUAUGGGCGAGAUGUUCUCCAAGGCCGAUGCCAAGAUUCGCAAGAUCAUGGUCGCCGGGAUUGUGCGCGAGUUCGAGGACUCGAGUCGCUUGCAGGCCAAGAGUGAGAUUGCUGGGGUCAGUCGCGUGGUGCUGGGAGGGUUGAUGGGCUGA